UUUGAUCGAUUUUGUUAACGGGUGGUUCAUUAACCUAUCAACUCUUCCACCUGAUCACAACAAAGAACAAAGAACAAAGUCCAAUUCCUCGUAUAUAAAGUACAUUCAAAUAAUGUACGGAGUAGUCAAAUUGGACUUGUGUUACUCUGUAUAAAUACAUUCAAUGAAUUUUCGUUUCAAAAAAUGAAAGCAUAAUACAUUAAUACUCCCAGGCUCCCACUCUCCUCUCUUUCUUCUUCUUCCUUACAAUUUCAUUGCUCCAUCGAACGUCUGCAAAUUAGGAAGAAGAUGUGCAGCGUAGAGAAGAGAGGCAACGUUUACAUCCUAACCCUAACAGGCAACGAUGAACACCGUCUAAACCCAACCCUAAUCACCUCAAUCCGAUCAUCUCUUUCUCAAAUCAAAUCGCAGGCCCUUAAAUCCAAAACCUCCUCCUCCGCCCUAAUUACUACCGCGCACGGUAAAUUCUUCUCCAAUGGCUACGAUCUCAACUGGGCAAACUCCUCCCCGAACCCCGCAAUUUCUAAGGAAUUAGUGGAGUCCCAAUUGAAAGCGCUAAUUUCGGAAUUGUUCUCGUUUCCGAUGCCGACAAUCGCCGCUGUCACCGGCCAUGCCUCGGCGGCGGGGUUUAUUCUAGCAAUGGCGCACGACUACGUGGUGAUGAGGAAAGAGAGGGGGUUUCUUUACAUGAGUGAGGUCGACAUUGGGCUGGUGAUUCCACCAUGGUUUAUGGCAAUGAUGAGGUGUAAGAUCGGAGGGGGGUGGGAGGGGUGGCGCAGGGUGGCGUUAAUGGGGGAGAAAGUGACGGCGGAGAAGGGGAAGCGAGAGAUCGGAGUUGUGUAUGAGGUGUUUGAAGGGGCGGAAGGAACGGUGGAAGGGGCGGUGGAAUUGGGUGAGAAGUUGGUUAAGAGGGGUUGGGAUGGUGUGGUUUAUGGUGAAAUUAGGAAGGGGUUAUUGAAGGAGGUUUUUGAUUUGAUUAGCAAUAAUGAUAUUCUUUAUGAUGCUAAUCAUGGUGUUAAUGUUAAAGCUACUGUAAUUAGGCCACGCCUCUAAGCUUGAUCGUUUGAUAAUUUGAUAUGUAUCUGUAUUUGGAGAAAUUCCGAGUUUAUCUUGCAGAUAAACGGAAAUUAAACAAGUAAAUUAGUUGUAUACUUUUGUAAUAUGACGGUAUACUAAUGUUAUUUGACUGUGUAUUUAUGCAAAAAAAAAAUUACGGGGAAGGGAUGGAAAUUAGGUCUGUAAGAGAUGGAAGGGGCGACGGUGGAGAAAAGUAAUUGGAAAUCGAUGAACAGUGAGGAAGACGACGAACACCACCACAGAUCUAAGCUUCGCCACUGCUGUGACGAUGAAGAAGAAGACGAGCACCGUCGAUCUAGGAGAGAGAAAUCGAGCGACGACGAACACCACCACCGUCACCACCAAAAGCAAGGAGUACUUUGUGGAUAAGCAAGGCGAGGAGGAGGAAGAUGGUGAGAGAUGAAGGAGGUUGCGAAAGGGGGGAGGAAGAUGAUCGUGAUUCAGAGAUGGCGGAGGUUGUGAGGAGGGAGGAGGAGGAAGAUGUUGUUCCUUUUAUUGACUUUAAUGCCACUUGAUUUACUAAUGUAUUAAUCUCGGAGAUUAACUCGGAAAAGCUUCUUAUUUGACUAUUGAGAAAAGAAUAUGAAUAUGUAACUAGUUUUUUUAUGACGUGUUUGGUAUCGGUUUUCAAUUUUAUGGUUUUGACAUUAGUAGAA